UUGUACAAAAGCUGUUUGUUUGCUGAUAAGCGGAGGAAGAAGAAGAAGAAGCCAGCCACCCCUCCAGCUCUGAUUCCAAUCAAGGGGCACUGCAAUAUGUCCAGGCGAUCGUUAUAUCGCUGCCUCAUGCCUCACGACCCGCCACAACGAGCAGCGUAGAGUUUUCUUCUUCUUCGUGACUUGCCACAAAUGCUUCCAACAAAACGGCAACAACAACAAAUAAUAAUAACAGACAAACGCGUGCAACAAGUGCAUUUUUUCAACGAUAACUAACCAACUACACUGUGAGAAAAGCAGGUAUUUCUUGUUGCUGUUUGCUUUUUUCUGUAUUUGUUUUUGGGGGGGUUGGUCUUCGUUACUUCGUGCUUUCUUCGUUCGCCGUCGAGGAGGACGAGAGAGGCGAAGCAACGCAGCCACGUAGCAAGAAGGCCUCACCACGGACGCAUUUAUGGAUGCGGGCGGCCUGCCAGUCUUCCAGAGCGCCAGCCAAGCAGCAGCAGCCGCCGUCGCCCAGCAACAACAGCAACAACAGCAGCAGCAGCAACAACAACAUUUGAAUCUCCAGUUGCAUCAGCAGCAUCAUUUGCAGCAACAGCAUCAAAAUUUGGGCAUACAUUUGCAGCAACAGCAGCAGCUGCAAUUGCAACAGCAACACAAUGCACAACACCAACAGUUGCAGGCGCAACAACAACAGCAGCGACAACAGCAACAGCAACAGCAGCACUCACCCUACAAUGCAACAGGCGGCAUUGUUGGCAACCUUGUCGCUGGCGGCAACGGAGCUGGCGGCGUUGCAACUGCAACACAGCUCAACAACAACAACAGCGGCAACAACAGUGGGAACAACAACAGCGGCAACAACAGCAACCUUAGCAGCGGCAACAAUUCACCCAUUGAUGGUGGUGGCAUGCCAACGAAACGGCAACCGAUUGUUGAACGUUUGCGUCGACGCAUGGAAAACUAUCGCAGGCGGCAAACGGACUGCGUGCCACGCUACGAGCAGACCUUCAGCACCGUCUGCGAUCAGCAGAACCAGGAGACAACAGCGCUCCAGAAACGAUUCCUCGAGAGCAAGAACAAGCGUGCAGCCAAAAAGACUGAAAAGAAACUGCCGGAGACCCAACAGCAACAACAACAGCAGCAGCAACAGACUCAAAUGUUAGCCGGACAGCUGCAGAGCAGCGUGCAUGUGCAACAAAAAUUCCUAAAACGACCUGCGGAGGAUGUUGACAAUGGCGCCGACAACUUUGAACCGCCGCACAAGUUGCCCAACAACAACAAUAACAACAACAAUAACAACAAUAAUAACAAUAAUAAUAACAACAAUAAUAAUAAUAACAACAACAAUAGCAGCGGCGUUGGCAACGGCAGCGUCGGCGGUGGCGCCUCUGAAAAUCUAACCAAAUUCUCUGUGGAAAUCGUGCAACAAUUGGAGUUUACAACAUCGGCGGCAAAUUCACAGCCGCAACAAAUAAGCACAAAUGUCACGGUGAAGGCGCUGACCAACACCUCGGUCAAGAGCGAACCGGGAGGCGCCGAGCAACAGCAGCAACACACACAGCAGCAACACACACAGCAGCAGCAACAACAUCAACAGCAGCAACAUCAACAGCAGCAACAUUCGCAGCAGCAUCAGCAACACCAGCAGCAUCCGCAGCAGCAUCAGCAACAUCCGCAGCAACAUCAGCAACACCAACAGCAUCAACAGCAACACCAGCAACAUCAGCAACAUCCGCAGCAGCAUCAGCAACACCAACAGCAGCAGCAACAAGUCGGCGGUCUGGGUGGUCUUGGCAAUAAUAAUGGGCGUGGCGUCGGUGUCGGGGGCGUGGCACCAGGCGCUGGCGUUGGCAUGCCCCAAGCACCCCCCGGCCUUGGUGGUGUCGGCAUGGGCGCAGCAGCAGCCGCCGCUGCAGCAGCUGCUGCCGCCGCCAAUAUGAUGUCAUCCGCCCAGCAACAAAAAUCGGCCCUCGGCAAUUUGGCCAAUUUGGUUGAGUGCAAACGUGAACCGGACCAUGAUUUUCCCGAUCUUGGCUCACUGGACAAGGAUGGCGCCAAUGGGCAAUUUCCCGGCUUUCCCGAUCUGCUGGGCGAUGAUAAUUCAGAGAACAAUGACACCUUCAAGGAUCUCAUCAACAAUCUGCAGGAUUUCAAUCCAAGUUUCCUCGACGGCUUCGAUGAGAAACUGGACAUUAAAACCGAGGAUGGCAUCAAAGUGGAACCGCCAAAUGCCCAAGAUUUGAUUAACAGUUUGAAUGUGAAAUCCGAGGGUGGUUUGGGUGGUGCAGUGCCUCAUGGCUUUGUUGGUGGCGGUGGUGGCUUUGGAGGCGGUGGAGUGGGCAUGUCUCUCGAUCCGCAGUCGCUGAAAAUGCGACCCUAUCAGAAUGCAGCUGCCAACGGCAAUGGCAAUGGGGCAGGCAACAACAACAACAGCUCUGCGGGUUUGAUGUCUGAGCAUUCGCUUGCCGCACAGACCCUGAAGCAAAUGGCCGAGCAGCAUCAGCAUAAGAAUGCCAUGGGUGGCAUGGCCGGUUUUCCACGUCCACCGCACAACAACCUGCAACAGCAGCAGCAACAGCAGCAGCAGCAACAGCCGCAGCAGCAGCAGCAACAUGGUCAGCUGAUGGGCGGCGGAGGUGGAGGAGGCGUGGCGCCUCCAGUUGGACAACAGCAGCAGGCACGUUACAGCGACUAUGUCAGCGGUUUUCCCAAUGACUUCAACAUGGGUCCACCCAAUCCCGCCCAGCAGCAACAGCAGCAGCAACAGCAGCAGCAGCAGCAACACUUGCCGCCGCAAUUCCAUCAGCAGAAGCAAAGUUUCCUGGAUAUUAAACAGGAGCUUUUCUAUUCCACACAAAACGAUUUCGAUCUCAAGCGUCUGCAGCAGCAGCAGCAGGCCAUGCAACAGCAGCAGCAACAUCAUGCCCAACAGCAGCAACAACAUCCGAAUGGACCCAAAAUGGGUGUGCCUAAUUUUGCCAAGCAGCAGCCGCAGCAACAGGUGCCAACGCCGCAGCAGCUGCAACAACAACAACAAUACUCGCCAUUUAGCAAUCAGAAUGCCAACGCCAAUUUUCUCAGUCGAGGCAAUCAGCAGCAGCAACAGCAGCCGCAGCAGCAGCAGCAGCCAAAUCGUGCCGGGCCGCAGUCCAAUGCGGGCAGCGCUGCUGGUAAUGCAACGCAGCAGCAGCAACAACAGCAGCAGCAGCAGCAACAGCAGCAGCAACAGCAGCCGUCAACACAAACAACAACGCUGCAAAUGAAGCAAACGCAGCAGUUGCACAUCAGUCAACAGGGCGGCGGUUCGCACGGCAUUCAGGUGUCAGCUGGGCAGCAUUUGCAUCUGAGCGGCGAUAUGAAGAGCAAUGUUUCAGUUGCUGCCCAGCAGGGUGUCUUCUUCAGUCAGCAGCAGCAGCAGCAGCAGCAGCAACAACCUGGCAACCCUGGCAAUCCUGGCAAUCCCAAUCCACAGCAGCAGCAGCAGCAGCCGCAUGGAGCUGGCAAUGCUGGCUCGAAUAACGGCGCUCCAAAUGCACCACAGCAGCAGCAGCAGCAACCAAAUCAAAAUAUGAACAAUGCAAAUGUACCCUCCGACGGCUUCUCGCUCUCCCAAAGCCAAAGCAUGAACUUCACACAGCAGCAGCAGCAACAGGCAGCGGCAGCAGCAGCAGCUGCGCAGCAGGCACAACAGCAACAGCAGCAGCAGGUGCCGCCAAAUAUGCGUCAGCGUCAAACGCAGGCGCAGGCUGUGGCAGCAGCGGCGGCAGCAGCAGCCGCCCAAGCCCAGGCAGCAGCCAACGCGGCCAACGGAACUGCCGGCAACAAUGUGCCGCUGAUGCAACAGCAGCAACAGCAGCAGCCGCCGUCGUCUGUUGGCGCCGGCAACGGACCACAGAGCGGUGGCCCCAUGAAUCAGCUGGGCGGACCCAUGGGUGGCAUGCCCGGUGGCAUGCAGAUGGGCGGCGGUGGACCCGGCGGACCCGGCGGACCCGGCAUGAAUCCCAUGCAAAUGAAUCCCAAUGCGACCAAUGCCCAGCAGCAACAGAUGAUGAUGGCCGGCAACGGUGGCCCCGUGCCGCCAGCAAGUCAAGCGAAGUUCCUGCAACAGCAGCAGCAGAUGAUGCGUGCCCAGGCACUGCAGCAGCAACAGCAACACAUGUCGGGGGCACGUCCCCCGCCACCGGAGUACAGCGCGACCAAGGCGCAACUGAUGCAGGCCCAGAUGAUGCAGCAGACAGUUGGUGGUGGCGGUGGCGGUGGUCCCGGUGGUGUUGGUGGCGUUGGUGGCCUGGGCGGUGGCGUUGGUGGUGGUCCGGGCGGUGGUCGGUUCCCCAACAGUGCCGCCCAGGCGGCAGCCAUGCGUCGCAUGACCCAGCAGCCCAUUCCCCCAUCCGGCCCAAUGAUGCGGCCCCAGCAUGCCGCCAUGUACAUGCAACAACAUGGUGGCGCUGGUGGCGGCGGCGGCGGUGGACCACGCGGCGGCAUGGGUGGUGUGCCGGGCGGCGGACCGUAUGGCGGCGGCGGUGGUGCUGGAGGCGGUGGCGGUGGACCCAUGGGCGGCGGCGGACAACAGCAACGGCCGCCCAACGUGCAGGUGACGCCGGAUGGCAUGCCGAUGGGCUCGCAGCAGGAGUGGCGCCACAUGAUGAUGACGCAACAGCAGCAGCAAAUGGCCUUCGGCGGACCAGGACCCGGUGGUCCCAUGCGACAAGGACCAGGAGGCUUCAAUGGAGGUAACUUCAUGCCGAACGGAGCGCCGAAUGCGCCUGGCAACGGGCCCAAUGGCGGCAUGAUGGCUGGCCCCAACGGGCCACAGAUGCAGUUGACGCCGGCACAGAUGCAGCAGCAAUUGAUGCGACAGCAGCAGCAGCAGCAGCAGGCGCAGCAGCAACAGCAGCAUAUGGGACCCGGUGGCGGCGGCAACAUGCAGAUGCAACAGCUGCUGGCGCAGCAACAGAGUGCAGCGGUCAGCGGUGGCGUUGGUGGCGGCAUGAUGGCCACCCAGAUGCAGAUGACCAGCAUGCAUAUGAGCCAGACACAGCAGCAGCAGCAACUGACGAUGCAGCAGCAACAGUUUGUGCAGAGCAGCAGCACGACGACAACAACACACCAGCAGCAACUGAUGCAGAUGACCCAGAGCGGCGGUCCCGGGGGUGGUGGUGGUGGUGGUGGUGGUGCGGGUGGUGCAGGUCCCAGCAACAACAAUGGUGCAGCGGUGCAGCAGGCGGCCGGGGUUGUGGGCGUGGUUGGUGGUGGUGUUGGCGGCAACAAUGGGGCAACAAUUGCCAGCGCCAGUUCGAUUAGUCAGACGAUUAAUUCCGUGGUUGCGAACUCGAAUGAUUUGUGUCUCGAAUUCCUCGACAAUCUGCCCGUCGACAGCAAUUUCUCCACGCAGGAUCUGAUCAAUUCGCUGGACAAUGACAACUUUAACAUUCAGGACAUUCUCCAGUAGAUUGUUCCGGAAGAAGAAGAUGAAGAAUAAGAAUAAGAAGAAGAAGAACAAGAAUGUUAAGUUGCGCUCAGCACCAACAACCACCAGCAAUUGUUUCCCGUUUUUGUUUGUUCAUUUUUGGUUUUUAUUUUUGUAUAUGCCUCUUGUUGUUGUUAUUGCCUGCCCCACCCUCAAAGCCCCUCUCCCCCCGCCCCACUGUUUGUUAAUUGUGUGAAUUUUUUAGAAGCUAAGUUUGAUGUACUCUAAUUUGAGACUUUACUGUAUUAUUAGCCGCUAGAGUUGCCCUCCCUUCAUAAGUUGCCGGGCAGCAACGGUCCAAGGCGGGCAGACGCUGGACGAAGGCGUGGAGGGGGAUGGGGGGCGUGGCAGCGGCAAAACAUUCCAUACUCAAUAAUACAAAUACAUAUAUAUAUAUAUAUAUAUAUGUAUGUAUUCGUCUAAAUAUAUAUGCGAAAAACAAUUCGGGCUGAGAGCAAAAAGAAGAAGCAAAAGAAAGUAUUUGCAAGUACUUUGAGAAAGCAGCAGAAAGCAGAAAGCAGAAAGCAAGCAAAAAGCACACACACACAC